AUGCAAUUCUUCAAGUUCGGCCUGGUGCCUUUGUUGGCCGCUGUUCCCGCCCUUGCCUGCAACGGUUACACCGGCGGUGUUCCCAAGGCCACCGGCACUGUUUCCUCCAAGUCUUACAUUGAGAUCAAGGCCGGUCAGGUCUACGAUGGAAAGUGGCAACGCUUCGACCGUGGCUCUGGCGCCUGCGGCGGCCAGUCUGAGGGUGACUACAAGGACUCCGUCUUCUACAUCCAGGCCGGUGGUACUCUGAAGAACGCCAUCAUCGGCAAGAACCAGGCCGAGGGUGUCCACUGCAACGGACACUGCACUCUCGAGUUCGUCUGGUUCGAGGAUGUCUGCGAGGAUGCCAUCUCCAUCAAGAAUGACAAGGCUGGUGCUCAGUCCUGGAUCAUCGGUGGCGGUGCCUACCACGCCUCCGACAAGGUCAUCCAGCACAACGGUUGCGGUACCGUCAACGUCAUCAACUACUACGUUGAGGACUACGGCAAGCUCUACCGCUCUUGCGGCAACUGCAAGACCCAGUGCAAGCGCAACAUCUACAUGGAGGGUGUUACCGCCAAGAACGGUGGUGAGCUCGCUGGCAUCAACGCCAACUACAAGGACACUGCUACCCUCAAGAACGUCUGCGCCGACGCCAAGACCAAGUGCCAGAUGUACAACGGCUGCGCUGGCGGCUGCGAGCCCUCCAAGGCCGGCACCUGCUCUGGUUAA